GAAGUACAGAAUCGGAAAAUUCGAGCAUAUAGACGUUGUCUCGUACGCCAUUUUGACAUUUGCUUACUAAUUACUUACUAGUCUACUAGAUCUAAAAUACAUUUUUGUAUGGAACGUUGUGAUUGAGAUUAUCCUUGAAGUUUAUAAGACGUAACAGUAAAGUAAGCAUUCUAAACACUUUUGAGAGUUAAAAAAAAUACUUGUCAGCAAAGAGAGUGGCUGAUUAUUGAGCAUUAACCUUUUUUUGGUGAUCACUCAAGUUAUGAAAUUAUCUGGUGUGAUAGAAUAUUCAAAUAUGGCAGACGAACUUGACGUUGAAGCUAUGCUAGAGGCACCUUACAAAAAGGAGGAAGAAGGAAAAAAUGAAAAGUCUUCAUCAUCUUCAAGAAAAGAGAAGAAAAAGAAAAGAAGCAGAAGUAGAAGUAGAGACAGAAGCAGAAAAAGAAGUCGUGAAAGAAGGUCAAGAAGCAGAGAUGCUAUCUCUGGAAGACAUAGAGAUAAGUCAAAAAGCCGUGACAGAAGUCGUAGCAGAGAUAGAAAGCGCAGAGAAAGAGUUGGUGAUAGGCGUCGUAGUAGAAGUCGUGACCGAGAUGUUGACCGGGAUAGACGAAGACGUAGUAGAUCUCCACGUCUCCCACGAAGACUUAGUAGAAGUCCGAUCAGAACAAAACAACCUGAUACUGAACCUAAAAGGACUGAAAUUCCACGAGUAGAACGUCAGAGGGAGCCUGAAUUAACUCCAGAGGAAAGAGAUAUAAGAACAGUAUUUUGUAUGCAGCUUUCAGCUAGGAUCAGGCCAAGAGAUUUGGAAGAGUUUUUUUCUUCUGUGGGAAAGGUGCGUGAUGUUAGACUGAUCACUGACAAUAAAACUCGAAGGUCCAAGGGUAUUUGUUAUGUUGAAUUUGCUGACCCAGAAUCUGUUCCUCUAGCAAUUGGCUUGUCUGGUCAAAAACUACUUGGUGUACCUAUCUUGGUUCAACCUUCACAGGCAGAAAAGAACAGAGCUCAACCAGCAGCUACUCCCACAGUUCAGAAGCCUAGUGGUGGACCUUUAAGAUUAUAUGUAGGCUCAUUGCAUUUUAAUAUUACUGAAGAUAUGCUUAGAGGAAUUUUUGAACCAUUUGGAAAGAUUAUUGAUAUCAAAAUAAUGCGUGACCAUGAGACCCAGAGAUCACUUGGUUUUGGAUUCAUUAGUUUUGCUAAUGCUGAUGAUGCUAAAAAAGCCCUUGAUCAGUUGAAUGGAUUUGAAUUGGCUGGUCGACCAAUGAAAGUUGGCCAUGUAACUGAACGCACAGCUGAAAAUGGACAGGUUCCUGGGCAAGGACAGCUAGACACUGAUGAGAUGGAUAGGGCUGGCAUUGAUCUAGGGGCUACAGGAAGAUUACAGCUAAUGGCUAAAUUGGCAGAAGGAACUGGAUUUCAAAUUCCACAGUAUGCAGCAAAUGCACUUAGCAGUUUGACCCAUGCAGGAAGUACUAUUGGCGGAUUGCCAAUUACCCCUCAUGCAGCUCUUUCAAUCCAGGCUACUACUGCUAGUGCUGUUGCUCAGCACGUGUUGGCUGCUCCUCCUAUCGCAACGCAGUGUUUUAUGUUAUCAAAUAUGUUUGAACCUGCAACUGAAACAAGGAUUAACUGGGACCAGGAAGUUCGAGAUGAUGUUAUAGAUGAAUGUAACAAACAUGGAGGAGUACUUCACCUUUAUGUUGACAAAAAUUCACCUCAAGGCAAUGUGUAUGUUAAAUGUCCUAGUAUAUCUGCAGCUGUUGCAUCUGUUAAUGCUUUACAUGGGCGGUUUUAUGCAGGUCGUGUGAUUACAGCUGCUUAUGUGCCCCUUCCCAAUUACCACAGUCUUUUUGCAGAUUCUGUCAGAGCUAAUCAACUUCUAAUGCCAUCUUCACAAGCUCUUUCGGCUUCUUAUCAAACGGGAUUUAUGGCCCAGCCACCAUUACGAUAGCUAUUUUUAUCAUAAAAAUAAUUGAGCUUUUUGUUUUUAUGUUAUAACUUUGACAUUAAGAAGUGAAUUUUAACAUAAUUUAUUUUUAUUAAAGAACUUUUGCUUCUGUAUUCCUUAAAGCUAUGUUCCUCUAAGCAAGAGGCCAUUUUAGAUUGCCUUCUGAGCCUAAGUUAAUGAUAGAUGGUGCAUAGUGAUGGAAAUACUAUUAUAUAAGACAUUCAGAGGUAUUUAUAGUUACUUUAUAAAAUUUGUAAUUGUUAGUCGAUGCAUAUAUUGUUUUCACUGAAAAAUACAUACAGGAAACAAUUUCCAAGCUUGAACUUGACAAAAAUCAAUUUACUUUCUAUCAUAAUAGUUUUAACAGUUGCCUACAGGUACUUCAUUGUUUAAAUACUAUGCUACAAUUUAAGAAGCAAUGUCUUUUUGGUUUUCUGUGUAUAGCUUUUUUUUUUAAAUAAAUUACUUCAUUCAAAGAUAAUUCUUGUCAGUAUGAAAAAAAAAGUUUAUUUUCUUAAAAUAUUUUUGUCAGAGCUAAAUCUAAGAUAUCUGUAUUAGGUUAUAAAUGAGUGUCAACAAAAAUGAUUGUGUGCCUGUAAGUCACCAGAUCAACACUUAGGUAACAUUAUUUUAAUGCUUAAACAUGUGAAGUGUGUAUUUUGAAAGUUUAUUCCUUUAUCAAAUCUUUUAUGAAUCUGCACAUGACUGAAAUGUUUUGUUUUUUUUUAAUCAUUCAAAUAGAUGGAUAAAUGCAUUUGUUAAUACGUUUGAUAAAACAUAUACUUCAUUAUCUACAAAUGAAAUUGUGGUUUUGUGUGUGUGUGCAAUAUUGGGGGUGAAUAAAUGUCCUGAAUAAGUUUUAGUGUGGAAACAUUCAGCAGCCCAUUCUGUUGUAAGCCUUAACUACUGGUUAUUUACUGAUGUUAGGCGUAUUAUUAGAAGCUUUUAGUGAAGCUCACAUCCCUUGGCUAUUAUCUUUGGAUAUAUUUGGAACUGUACAUAGUUAAUUAGUUCACUCAUUGAAUUUUCUUAUUGUGUAAUGAUCUGUUGUAUUUGAAUAAUGUGAACAGAAUAAAUACAUGCUAAUGAAUAA